UCAUCCCAGCAGAACACGAGCAACACUGAUCAGAUCCGCCUGAAUAACACGGUCUAUCUGAUGAUCCGACAUGUUACAGUGGAGGAUGGGAAGUUGUAUGUGUGUGAAGUGAAGGAAAACGGAAACAUUGUUCUCACCAGUAAUGGAGAUUUUACUGUAAACAACAUUUUAUAUAAAAAGGAAUACACAGUUUACCGCUCCAGCACAAAUCAUAGUGAACUUCACCUAGUUUGCUAUAACAGUCGUGAGGACUCCAGUACUGCCAUGACCUGGACAUCACGUCGCCUUCAACAACAACAACAGCAAGUAAUAGCAUCAGCAACACAUUCUCAGCCCAUCAAUGUCAAAGGGGCCGACUUCGGGAAUCGACUGGUGACGUCAGUGAAACCCUUCGAUGGCAAGGAUUUCAGUUUGAGGAUUGUCCCCGUUUUGUUUCAAGAUGCCGGAUGUUACAAAUGUUAUCUUGGAAAAGACACAUCAGUGAACGACGCGGGAAGCUCUCCAUUUCUCACCAUUGAUCUAAUCACAGUGAAAGUCACAGCUGAACCGUCCGAUGCAGUGACCGAGGGAGACAACGUUACCCUGACCUGCUCUGUGUCUCACGUCACUGAGUCAAUGAAACUGGUUUGGAUCAAUGACGAUGACAAAAGUGUUGGAGAAAAGACACUGACCGUGGAAGAGAAAUCACUGAGUCUGGUUAUUCAGAAAACUGAGAGGGGCAGAGGGAACUGGAGAUGUGGUUUGUUUCAUCAACACCUGCCCCGGCUUUUUGUCCCAUACUACCAGGAGCCCAGUGCCCGUGUGGGAGACUCUGCUGUGGUGCAGUGCCUGGGAUUAUGGACCGUGGGAUAA